AUGGAGGAAGGUUUGGCUUUCAGUGGUUUUCCUCCCAUUUCUAAAGUUUCUGUACCUUAUGUUAUGGGUCAUAUAGGAAUGAUGUUGAUCUCAUUAGAAGUUUGGAUGAACACACUAGUUUAUGGCGAAGAUGUUAUUGUUUGCUAUGGAUGGGUGGGUGGAUUAUAUUCAGUUUGGGUUGUUACUUUCAUGGUGGAAAACUGCUCACUUACUGGAGUUACUGGCCUUGCUUCUCCGGUUGCUUUGAGUACGGAUUUUUUAAGAUGGUUAAAGGACAAAUCCGGAAAAUUCUCUGUGAAAUCUUUGUAUCGGUUUAUUAAUGAAGAUGGGGAAGAUGCAGAGAUAGCAGCAACAACAUAUGUUUGGCAAUAUGGUGCUCCGUUAAAGGCAGCGGUCUUCGGUUGGCUAGUCGGCAGGAACAAGGUGCUCACUAUCGAUAAUCUUUCUACGGUUCUUCUGAAUGCGUGCCCGCUCUGCAUGCAAGAUGAGGAAUCAGUGAACCACAUGUUUCUCCAUUCUUCUUUUGCUAGAGAGGUGUGGGACCUCUUCUUCCAGCUCUCUGGGGUUUUAUUGGUGCUUCCAGGUUCAAUAGACGACUUUCUUCUAUCUUGGCACGGAGGGGGGACAGGGAAGUCAGAGAAAAGGUCACGGAGGCUGAGUUGUCUGGCGGUUUUGUGGCCUUUAUGGUUGGAAAGAAACAGUCAAGUGUUCAAGAACAAGAGCGAGAGAACAAUAAAUGUUUUUAGGAAGGCUAAGGGAAGUCAGAGAAAAGGUUAUGGAGACUGA